AUGCUUCUGAAAAGGUUCGGUGCCGCUGCAAGGCGGAUUACCCAGUCGGCGAUUUGGAAGCUUCUUCAUAGAAAGCCUUCGAUGUAUCGUAUACUCACACCCCUUUACAAAGCUUCUUUCAAAUUGGAUACAUUUGUUGGGAGAACAGCUCUACCACUCGCAAGGAAUCCUGUCUACAGAGCUGUCCAACUUCUCCUACGCAAUGGAAGAGCGUUUCGUCCGCUUUCAACACUUGCCAUUCAUCAUCGUCGACUUUACUAUGACAGAGUUCAUCUAAAUCGAUUCGGUAGUUUCACGAUAAAGAAGCGAAAUACAUUUGGUGUGGUGGAGAGAAUACGAGUAAGUUUUGAAUUUUUAUUUCUGUGUUAA